AUGAUCAAAGAACAAACUCCAUUGGUUUACAAAUUCGUAGAUACACACAUCUCUUCUGUGUUACUAGUCUUCAAACAAUCGAAUGGACAUUUAGUGUAUGGAUCUCUUAGUAAUGAUAGAUCGCGUUUGUUUAAAAUUGUAAACAAAGUGUUUCAACAGUUAUCAAAGACCACUCAUGUUACUUAUAAGUUUAUACGGGAUACAGACGACAAAUUUGAAUCCGAGGCUACCGAGUUCAUUGAGUUGAUGGAAGGUGCUCGUUCAGAUACCGAUUGUAUUCACUGUGAAUAUUUAUUUGGAACAGAAUUUCAAAGGAAAGUGUGGGAUCAAUUAGUUGCUAUACCUUAUGGACAAACUCGUAGUUAUGGUCAAAUUGCGUCUGCAUUGGGAGACAUUAAGAAAUCGAGGGCUGUAGGUAGAGCUUGUGGUGCUAAUAACAUACCUGUAAUUGUACCAUGUCAUAGAGUUCUUGGUGGAACAGGAGAUUAUGUAUCCUUCAAAUGGGGGGUUAAAAUUAAAAAAGAAUUACUUGUAAAUGAAGGUUACAAACCUUUACAAAAAGCUCAAUAA